AUGGAGGAAAAUAUCCUGACUCCUGACACUUUAAUGCCUACCCAACAUGCACAAGGUGACACAAUGUGUGGAGCAACAGCCUUUGUGUGUCCUGAUGGACAAUGCCUCCCCCUCAGACUGAAAUGUGAUGGCCAUGCUGACUGUGAGGAUGGAUCUGAUGAAAUCCCAGCAGAAUGUUAUAUGAGCCUCUGUGCUUUCAGUGAGGUAAGCUGUGGCCCUGGGUCCCUUGAAUGUAUUCCAGUUGAUUGGAAAUGUGAUGGAGUGGAGGAUUGUGAUACUGGCAAAGAUGAAGAUGAUUGUGGCAACCUUACUUGCAGCACAGAAGAAUUUGCCUGUGCCAGUGCUAGAUGUAUUUCCAUGGCAUUUGUUUGUAAUGGUGAAGAUGAUUGUGGUGAUGGAAGUGAUGAGGAGAACUGUACAUCAAUCUCCUGUGGGCCACAUGAAUUUCAGUGUAACAAUUCUGAAUGUAUCUCUUCACACUGGGUUUGUGACUCUAACAUUGAUUGUAGUGAUCAAUCAGAUGAAUCUCCAGUUCUCUGUGGGCAUCCCCUUCCUCCCGUGACUUGCACUCCUGAUGAGAUCCAUUGUGGCUCUGGUGAAUGUGUCCAUAGUCGAUGGUACUGUGAUGGUGAUGCUGAUUGUCAAGAUGGAAGUGAUGAAGUUAACUGUCCUCCUAUAACAUGUCGACCAGAUUAUCUUCCUUGUGAUAAUGGAAGCUGCAUUCCAGAAAGCCGCCAAUGUGAUGGAUUUCCAGACUGCAUUGAUGGCAGUGAUGAGUUGAACUGUAAGAAUGGUGCUGACCUGGUUUGUUUACCUUCAGAAUGCACAGGACCUGAUGACUUCAAAUGCCAAAAUGGACAAUGUAUAUCUCUAACCCAAGUGUGUGAUCGACAUCAAGAUUGCAAGGACUGGAGUGAUGAGCCCCUCAAAUACUGUCACCUAAAUGAGUGCCAAGUUAACAAUGGAGGCUGCUCCUACAUCUGCAGAGAUCUGGCCAUUGGUUAUGAGUGUAUCUGCCCUCCUGGCUUUGAGUUGGUCGAUAGAAAAACAUGUGCAGAUAUUGAUGAAUGUCAAGAUAUCGGCGUCUGCAGUCAAACUUGUAUUAAUACAAAUGGAAGCUUUAAAUGUGAAUGCUUAGCAGGAUAUCGCUUGGAUACAACUAAUCAAAGCUGCAGGGCAGUUGGAGACAAAGAGCCUUAUCUGAUCUUUACUAAUCGUCAUGAUAUUCGGAAGAUGGGGCUCUAUCACCAAGAGUAUACCCAAGUAGUUGACCAGCUGAGAAAUGUAGUGGCAUUGGAUGUUGACAUUUCAGAACAGCAAAUCUUUUGGGUUGACUUGGGUCAGCAAGCAAUCUUCAGUUCCUUCAUCUCUGAAGAGAGAAGCAAAACUGGUGUCACUAGAGUUAUUGAGAAUGUAAGUGUUCCUAUGGGGAUUGCUGUGGACUGGAUCUACAAGCAUGUUUACUGGACUGAUCGUGGUACCAGAAUGAUCUCUGUGGCUACCUUUGAUGGAACUUCAAGGAAGACUCUGUUCGAUACUGACCUGAGAGAACCAGCUUCGGUGGCAGUUGAUCCAUUAACUGGGUUCAUGUAUUGGUCAGAUGUGGGUGAGCCAUCCUCUAUAGAGAAAGCAGGAAUGAAUGGCAUCAAUAGGCAGCUUCUGGUUACCAGCAAUAUUGAGUCACCAAAUGGUAUCGCACUUGAUCUUGUGAACAGCCGCCUGUACUGGGUUGACUCAAAACUUCACACGUUGUCCAGUGUGGACGUUAAUGGACAAGACCAAAGAACAGUGCUUUAUUCACAGGAGUUCCUUGCUCAUCCUUUUGCUGUCACCUUAUUUGAGGAUCAUGUAUUCUGGUCUGAUGAAAGAAAUGAAGCCAUUUUUGGAGCCAACAAAUAUACAGGCACAGAUGUCAUGACUUUAGUUUCUAAUCUUCUUCAACCUCAUGAUGUCAUUAUUUAUCAUGAUUUAAUACAACCAUCUGGUAAAAACUGGUGCAAUGAGAAAUUGGAAAGUGGAGCCUGUAGGUACCUCUGCCUUCCUGGUCCACCGAUCAAUCAAUUGCCAAGGUACACCUGCUUGUGUCCAACUGGGAUGAAACUAAAGGAUGGAGGAUUGUGUGAACUGGCUGGUAAUACUACCUGUCAAGCAUCAGAUUUCAUCUGUCAUGAUGGACAAUGUGUGCCCAGUAAAUGGCAGUGUGAUGGCAUGGCUGAUUGUGAAGAUGGAUCUGACGAAGCCUCUGACAUAUGUCACACCAGUAUCUGUCAUAUGAAUGAAAUUAGCUGUGGCCCCGGCUCCCUUCAGUGUAUUCCUGAGACUUGGAAAUGUGAUGGGGAAAAGGACUGUAAUACUGGCAGUGAUGAAGAGAAUUGUGGUAACCUCACUUGCAGUCCAGGAGAGUUUACUUGUUCCAAUGGUAGAUGUGUUUCCCGAGCCUUUGUCUGCAAUGGGGAUUAUGACUGCAAUGAUGGAAGUGAUGAAAGAAACUGUGCUCCAUCUAUCUGUCACCCACAGGAGUUUCAUUGCAAUGAUUCUAAAUGUAUUCCCCUGGGUUGGAUGUGUGAUGGCCAUGCUGACUGUGCUGACCAGUCUGAUGAAUCUCCAGACCACUGUAAACACAUCACUCUUCCUCCUGCAACUUGCUCUCCUGAUGACAUUCAGUGUCGCUCUGGUGAAUGCAUUCACAGUAAAUGGUACUGUGAUGGUGAUACAGAUUGUAAGGAUGGCAGUGAUGAAAUAAAUUGUCCUCCUCUAGUCUGUAAACCAGACACUUUCCACUGUGAUGGUAUUUGUCUUCCUGGAAACAUAAAGUGUAAUGGAGUUUGGGACUGUACUGAUGGAAGUGAUGAGGCCAACUGUGAGAGUGAGUGUACAGGAUUCAAUGACUUCAAAUGCCAAAGUGGUGAAUGCAUAAACAUAUCUUUAGUGUGUAACCAACAUCAAGACUGCCAGGACUGGAGUGAUGAGCCCAUUAAAGGAUGCAAUGUGAAUGAAUGUUUACUGAAUAAUGGGGGCUGCUCUCACAACUGCACUGAUCUUAUCAUUGGUUACAAAUGUGAAUGUCCUGCAGGCUUUAAACUGUCUAAGCAGACUUGCAUAGAUAUCGACGAAUGUCAAAUUCCUGAAACCUGCAGUCAAAUUUGCAUCAAUUUGGAAGGUAGCUACAAGUGUGAAUGCCACCAAGGAUAUCAUAUGGAUCCAGCUAAUGGGAUUUGCAAGGCAGUUGGGAAAGAACCUUAUUUGAUCUUCACUAAUCGACAUGACAUCCGGAAACUAGGACUACAUCACCAUGAGUAUUCUCAGGUGGCUGUACGGUUGAGAAAUGCUGUAGCAUUGGAUGCUGACAUUGCUGAACAAAGAAUUUAUUGGGCUGAUGUGGGACACCAGGCAAUUUUCAGCAUGUCCAUUAAUGGAUUGCAAGACCAAGCUGGCCCAUCUGUGGUAGUCCAAGAUCUCGACACCCCUGUGGGGAUUGCUGUUGACUGGAUUUACAAACACAUCUACUGGACUGAUCGGAGUACUAAAGCUAUAUCUGUUGCAACACUUGACGGAACCAGAAGAACCGUUCUGUUUAACACUGACCUAAAAGAGCCAGCAUCUAUAGAAGUUGAUCCAUUAUCUGGGUUUGUUUACUGGUCAGACUGUGGUGAGCCAGCAAAGAUAGAAAAAUCCGGAAUGAAUGGAGUGGGUCGACAGCUCCUUGUCACUGGAGGGAUUCAGCAGCCAAAUGGAAUUGCACUUGAUCUCGUGAAAAGCCGCCUCUAUUGGAUUGACUCCAAGCUGCACAUGUUGUCAAGUAUUGAUCUCAAUGGUCAGGAUAGAAGGAUAGUCCUGCAGUCAAAAGAAUUCCUUGCUCAUUCAUUUGCUGUUUCAGUAUUUCAGGAUAGUGUCUUCUGGAUUGAUGAUGAAAAUGAAGCUAUUCAUGAAGCCAACAAGUUCACUGGAGGAAAUCUUGUAACUCUGGUUUCUAAUCUGAAUGGACCUAGAGAUUUCAUUAUUUAUCAUGAGUUGGUGCAGCCAUCGGGAAGGAACUGGUGUGAUGUAGAUAUUAAAAAAAGAAGUUGUGAAUACAUGUGUGUACCUGCUCCUCAAGUUAGCAGCUUUUCCAAGAGAUCUACCUGCAUAUGUCCACCUGGAAUGAUACUAGAGGAUGGGUGGUACUGUAAAACAGGUAAUGUGACCUGUAAGCCAUCGGAGUUUAUGUGCCCAAGUGGGAAAUGCAUCCCUGGACGAUGGUUAUGUGAUGGUAAUGCUGACUGUAAAUAUGGAUCUGAUGAAAGCCCUGGAAUAUGUCAUGUGAAAAUGUGCCAACUCCAUGAAAUAAGCUGUGGCCCGGAAUCAUCCCAAUGCAUUCCUGUCUCUUGGAGAUGUGAUGGUGAAAAGGACUGUGACAAUGGUGGUGAUGAGGAGGAUUGUGGUUCUGUUACUUGUGAUCUAACUGAAUUUACCUGCUCCACUGGUAGAUGUGUUUCAAUGACAUUUGUCUGCAAUGGUGCAGAUGACUGUGGUGAUGGAAGUGAUGAGAAAGACUGUGCACCAACUUCCUGUGGCCCACAUGAAUUUCACUGCAAUAGUUCAGAAUGCAUUCCCUGGAGUUGGGUGUGUGAUACAAAUGCUGAUUGUGCUGACCAAUCUGAUGAAUCACCAGACCACUGUGGACAUAUCCAUCCUCCAAUGACCUGUCCUCCCCAUACAAUUCAGUGUGGCUCAGGUGAAUGUAUCCAUAGUCGGUGGUACUGUGAUGGUGACAUUGACUGCAAAGAUGGAAGUGAUGAAGUCAACUGUUCUCUCUACACAUGUAGGCCAGAUCACUUCAGAUGCAGUGAUGGUGCUUGUGUCCUUAAUGACCGAAAAUGUGAUGGACUUAAAGAUUGUCUUGAUGCCAGUGAUGAAUUUGGCUGCCAAAAUGCUACAGAGUGUACAGGAGUCACUGAAUUUAAAUGUGGCAGUGGUGAAUGUAUAAAUGUCAGUAAGGUUUGUGACCAGCAUCAUGACUGCAGAGAUUGGAGUGAUGAACCAUCCAAAUGUAAUGUGAAUGAAUGCUUGGAAGACAAUGGUGGCUGUUCUCACCUUUGUAAGGAUCUGAUGAUUGGUUAUGAAUGUGAUUGUCCUGCUGGCUUCAAAUUAACUGAUAAAAACUGUGAAGAUAUUGAUGAAUGCAAAAAUGUUGGGACCUGCAGUCAAACCUGCAUCAAUUUAGAAGGAAGCUAUAUGUGCAAGUGUCACACUGGCUAUCUCAUGGACCCAGCUAGUGGAGUUUGCAAGGCUGUAGGCAAGGAGCCAUAUUUAAUCUUCACUAAUCGUCAUGACAUCAGAAAACUGGGGUUGUACCACAAAGAGUACAGGCAGUUGGUUGCACAGCUGAGAAAUGCUGUAGCACUGGAUACUGAUGUCUCUCAGCAGAUGAUCUUCUGGGCUGACCUGGGAGAGCGGGCAAUUUUCAGUAUGCCAAUAGAUGAACAAACUGGCAAUGCUACUAUUUCCAGGAUUGUUAAUAAUGUAAGAACUCAUGUAGGCAUCGCUGUUGACUGGAUCUACAACAACAUCUACUGGACUGAUAUGGGUGCUCGGACCAUUUCUGUUACAAGCUUUGAUGGAAUCCGAAGGAAAACGCUCUUUGACAGCAACUUGAGAGAACCAGCUUCUGUCGUAGUUGAUCCUCUGCUGGGGUACAUGUACUGGUCAGACUGGGGUGAACCAGCAGUAAUCGAAAAAGCAGGAAUGAAUGGUGUUGGUCGUAAGUUGUUAGUUACCAGAGACAUUGAAUGGCCUAGUGCCAUUACACUUGAUCUCACACAAAGCCGUCUAUAUUGGGUUGACUCUAAGCUGCACGUUCUGUCAAGUGUACAUGUGACUGGAGAGGAUAGAAAAACUGUGCUUUCCUCAAUGGAAUUUCUUGCUCAUCCGUAUGGUGUUUCAGUGUUUGAGGAUCAUAUUUUCUGGACUAGCUGGGAGCAUAACACCAUCUAUCGAGCAAAUAAAUAUACAGGAAAGGAUCUGAUCACUUUAAUCUCCAAUCUCCAGGAUGUUCGGGAUGUUAUCAUCUAUCAUGAGCUCUCACAGCCAUCAGGCAAGAACUGGUGCAAGGAAAAUACAAAUGGGGGAUGUAAAUACAUGUGUCUACCAGCUCCUCAAAUCAACAGUUACAGUCCCAAAUAUACUUGUGUGUGUCCACCUGGAAUGGAGUUGCUAAAGGAUGGACAUCAUUGUGGAGCAGGUAUAAGAACAGUGUAA